UCCACCUCGCAGAGCGUGUACUAGCUGCUCGAACCGCCAGCUACUGCCUCUACCUCGACCCGGCCGAGCCCGCGACCACCACAGCCAUGUCCGCCUUCCUCUCGUCCAUGGGCAUCGGCGCCCGCAACAACAACAGCGCCCGCAGCCCGUCUCGUCCCCCCGCAGCCACCCCCCCUCCUCCGCCUCCGCCUCAAGCCUCGCAGCCGCAACCAGGCCAGGGCUACUCGAACGCGCCCUUGCCUCGAGCCCAACCCGCCAACGGUCCCGCCCAGUCGGCCAACAAGCAGUCGAGCCCGCUCUACCUGUGCUACCCCUUUGUCAAGGCCGCCCUCGUCAAGGGCAACUUCAAGACCAUCGUCGCCCUCCCCAAAUACGUCGACGUCAACGAGUGGGUCGCCGUCAACCUCGUCGACCUGUUCAACAACCUCAACCUGUUCUACGCCGUCGUCACCGAGUUCUGCACCGUCGAGAACAACCCGACCAUGUCGGCCGGCCCGGGCAUGGACUACACGUGGAUCGACGCGAGCCGCAAGCGGGUCAAGCUCCCGGCGCCGCAGUACAUCGACUACGUCCUGACCUGGGUCGAGGGCUUGAUCAAGGACGAGGCCGUCUUCCCGACCAAGGCCGGCCGCGAGUUCUCGCCCAACUUUCCCUCGGUCGCGCGCCACAUCUACACGCAGCUCCUGCGCAUCUUUGCCCACCUGUACCACGCCCACUACGAGGUCUACGUGCACCUGAGCAUGGAGGGCCACCUCAACAGCCUGUUUGCCCACUUCCUCACCUUCGGCCGCGAGUUCGACCUCCUCGAGCCCAAAGAGUGCCGCGCCCCGAAGGAGGGGUGGCCUUUCGUCAUCGGCGACCUCAUGGACGCAUGGCGCGGUCUCGGCAUCCUCGAGCCCUAGACGGCGUGGCACGCGCCCGUCAGGCAGGUCCUGCUCGCGCCCUCGUUCCCUCCUCUCGCACCCACCUCACGCUCUCGCCGCAUCCUCUUGCCGACCCUUCUCUCCCUCCACCUCUUCGCAUCCGUAGCAUUCCCUCCCUCUCUUGCCGAGUUGCUGUAUUUCGACGACCGCUCUCGUUCUCUCU